AUGAGGAGAUACUUCACCUGCAGCAAGGCCUUGGAAAUGGUUAUGCAGCCUGACUCUUCCAUCAAGCUGCAGGAUUCAUCGGACUCUCUUCCUGACACAAUCACCUCAGAGUCAGAUCCUGAUUGUGUUAGCGUUCCCAUCAUCCUCUACCAUCUUCCACUAAGGAUUCCAUACAGAAGAACCUGGAUCUGGGUGGGUUGGGAAGAAUCGCCAAAUGUGGUUUCCCACCUACACAUAGACCUCACUCUUCAACCAGGUGGACAGAGGGUGGACACCAGGACCAGCACACUAUGCUAUUGUGUAGGGUCCACAACCUGGGAUCUGCCUUCAACUUGUUUUUCAUGA